AUGGCCUUUCACAGCAAACUGUGCAUAUACUCAAGAAGUCCUACAAUGAAAUUUCCAGUUCUGAUGGUCCUGGUGACUCUUUUCAAUAUUUUCCGAUGUCAGGAUUUACCAAAUACUGUAGAGGUUGAUCUUCUUCAGGAGUUCAGAUUGGCCAAAGCAUCGGAUCUAAACAUAGUUGAAAGAUCAGACUCAGAUUCUUUAGUUUACUGCAUAAAUCCUACCAUACAGCUCAGGAAAAACACCAGUGAUGUUCAUCCUGAUUGCUUACCUUCAGAAUUUUCCAUCAUUGCUACUUUUAAGAUUCUGGAAGACACUCCACAAAAUGUGUGGAAUUUAUGGCAAGUUAGUGAUUCUGCUGGCAAAAACAUAGUUGGUAUUCGCUUCCUGGGUGACAAAAAUUCUCUGGAUUUCUUUCAUGCCACUCCAUCCGAAACACUCAUGUUCAGGACAUUCAGCAAUGUGGACAAGGCUUUUGAUGGUUCUUGGCACAAGUUAGCAUUAAGUGUGAAAGGCGAUGAUGCAAAAUUAUUGAUUGAUUGUCAGGAAGUCAGUGCAGUUCCAGGAAAUGAACAGAGAGGUGUUUAUGGAAAUGGAUAUACUUUGCUGGUAAAAAGAUCAGUUGAAGAGUCUCCUAUUUUGGUGGAUUUACAACAACUUGAAAUGCACUGUGACGCAGAUAAAGCUUACUCGGAAGGCUGCUGUGAGCUUUUGGAUGUUAGCGGAGCAAGCGCUCAACAGGAUCUUACUGGAAACACAGUAUGUAAAUGUGCCCAUGGGAGACCAGGAGAUCAAGGAACAAAAGGGCCCAAGGGGCAAAAAGGAGAGAAGGGAGAACAAGGAAAGUCUGUCAAUGUUGGAAAUCUGGGAGUCCGUGGUAACCCGGGAAAUUAUGGAAACACCGGAGAGCCUGGUUCAAAAGGUUUAGUGGGCACUAAGGGUGAAAAAGGAAUGAGAGAGUUACAUGGUGAAUGGGGUGAUCAAGGUCCUCCAGGUCUCAAAGGAUUAUCAGGAGCAGAGGGCUUCAAGGGGAUAUCUGGAACACCCGGAAACAGAGGAGAACCUGGGGCAAAAGGAGAAAAGGGAGAACUGGGGCGUGUGGAAAUCAUGGGAUUCCAAGGAGUGAAGGGUAAUGAAGGCUUCUCUGGGGCUGAUGAUUUACCAGGCCAAGAAGGACCUAGGGGCCUCGUUGGUGUUCCAGGGGAUUUUGGUCCACCCGGACCUAAAGGAGCUCCAGGUUUUACCGGACCUCGAGGAAGGAAAGGUACACCUGGUCCAAAGGGAAUACGUGGAGAUCCUGGAUUGCCUGGGCGAGAGGGGGAUCCUGGUAUAGAGGCCUAUCAAGGACCUCAAGGGCCAGAGGGUGGUCAAGGUACUUUGGGUUUAAAGGGAGAGAAAGGAUUUCUAGGAGAAGCAGGUCCUGAAGGCCCUUGGGGAAGAACAGGUGAUACUGGUUCAAAAGGGAUUGUAGGAAUUCCUGGUAGGCCUGGCUUCGCUGGUCCCCCUGGAGCUACUGGUCAUAUUGGGCUACCAGGAACACGUGGAUUGAAGGGAAAUGCUGGUGUUCCAGGUUUAAAGGGUCAAGAAGGUGACAAGGGAGAAAAAGGAGUUAAAGGACCAAAAGGAAAUGUUGGAGACAAAGGACCAACAGGACCAGAGGGCGUUAUUGGUAAAAGAGGUCCACCAGGAGAGACUGGAUCCCGAGGCCAACCUGGAGAACAGGGUGUUCCUGGAGAUGAGGGUUCACCAGGAAAUGUUGGAUCAGUUGGACCUCCUGGGCUGCCUUUCCCAGCAGCUCAUGUGAUAGAAGUGUGCAAACGGAUCGUCUUAGAACAAAUGUCAAUGUUUGCCAAUAGUGUUGGGAGGAAAUGUGCCAGCACAUGCCCGCUUAAUGGAGAUGUGCCUAUGGGGCCUCCAGGACCUGUUGGUUUGCCUGGACCCCCUGGAGAAGAGGGCAAACCUGGGUUAAAUGGAACUGAUGGAGAACAUGGACCUAAGGGCUUUUAUGGUGAUGUUGGUGACCCAGGAAAACAAGGACCAAAAGGUGAACAUGGAGACAAAGGAGAUAUAGGUGCCAAAGGUUUUGUAUUUGCUGGCUUUGAAGGAAAUCAGGGCCCAAGAGGUGAACGUGGAAGAAGUGGACUAACAUUCAAUGGACUUCCAGGUCAGCCUGGCCCACGGGGACGUAUGGGACAGUCUGGUUUGAGAGGAUACCCAGGACUUAGAGGGCCUCCAGGUAUAUGUAAAACAGGGUGCGAUCCUUAUCUUCCAAAUGAUGUAGAUCAGCAAAGUGAGUCAUCAUCUUCUUUCGUAUGGCAAGCAAAGUGAGUGAAGACUUCAGCGAGAAACAUCAUGAAAUCCUUUGAUGUGGAAGAAAACAAGUGUAAUUGAACAAAGUACGUUUGCUCCCUUUUCAAAAUUGAAACCUUUUGAAAAAAUACAUAUGAAUUACUGUUUAAUUUAGAAGCCAGUUCACUUUGUGAAUUUUUAGUGUAAAAUAAUAACAUGAUAAUCCUACCUAAGAAGUGGUAAACCAUUUAAUUUA